AUGUCUUCUAGUAAUAUCGAUACUAUCGGACAAUCUAAUGAAGGUAGUACAGCCUUAUCAAAUACGCUUAGUCCUCUGAAACCAGAAGUCGAUGAUGAUAAUUAUGAUGAUGACCCCCAGGCUUUCAGCCUUAUCCGCUUCUUUGGGGUCUGCUAUGUUUUUAGAAGCAAGUCAAGAUGUAAUGGAAAAGUUAAUGUUGGAUCUGUUGCUGCAACUUUAGGUACUUCUUUGUGUAUUCGGUUUUGCCUCUGGCCCUAUUAUUUGGGAACCAUGAGCUCCUGCUGCGAUGUUAGACCUAUUUGGGGCUGUUAA